GGGCUCUGAGCCGGAGGUUUUGUUGUGAGGGUCGGUUGUCAAGCAGCGGCCAAUCAGGGCAGGGGAUGGAGGCAAGUGGGGGUCGCGCCUGGAGCAGAGCCUCGGUCUCCGGAGCCGCAGCUGCAGCCCGGUGCUGAGCUGAGAUGGUUCAAGCCUAACAUCCCAUGAUCCAGGAUCGUGACAGAUGUGCACAGGCUGCUGUUUUUGCUGCUGUGGGUGAUUUGGAACCACGAGGCAGCCCACAGCCAGAAGACGAGGCAUUCUCCCUGCCUGGAUGUGUGGGAACUCUCUGCCAACUUGAUUGGUGGAUCUGGGGGGGAUCCACCCCCACCCCACGAGGAAAGCACAGUUUAUUUUGUGGGUGGGGCUUCAGGUGGCCAGCCAGCUGAAGGAUGGCCACCCCUGUGGUCACCAAGACAGCCUGGAAGUUGCAAGAGAUCGUCGCACAUGCCAGCAAUGUGUCCUCACUGGUGCUGGGCAAAGCCUCCGGGCGGCUGCUGGCUACAGGCGGGGAUGACUGCCGCGUCAACCUGUGGUCCAUCAACAAGCCCAACUGCAUCAUGAGCCUGACGGGCCACACGUCCCCAGUGGAGAGCGUCCGCCUCAACACCCCUGAGGAGCUCAUCGUGGCUGGCUCCCAGUCGGGCUCCAUCCGUGUCUGGGACCUGGAAGCUGCCAAAAGUAGGCCUCCGAGCUUGCCUUCUUUCUCACUGCUCCUCAGUGUGUCCUCACAACCAUCCUCAAGAUCCCAUGGACAGGGGUUACCCAAGAAGACUGCUCAUGCUGUGUCCUCUCAGGGGCACAGCCAGGCCGUGCGGUGUCUCCGGUUCAGCCCCGAUGGGAAGUGGUUGGCGUCGGCCGCAGAUGACCACACCGUGAAGCUCUGGGAUCUCACUGCUGGCAAGAUGAUGUCUGAGUUCCCUGGUCACACGGGGCCUGUCAACGUGGUCGAGUUUCACCCCAACGAGUACCUCCUGGCCUCCGGCAGCUCUGACAGGACAAUCCGUUUCUGGGACCUGGAGAAGUUCCAGGUGGUGAGCUGCAUCGAAGGGGAGCCUGGGCCUGUCAGGAGCGUCCUGUUCAACCCCGACGGCUGCUGCCUGUAUAGCGGCUGCCAGGACUCGCUGCGUGUCUACGGCUGGGAACCUGAGCGGUGCUUUGAUGUGGUCCUCGUCAACUGGGGCAAGGUGGCCGACCUGGCCAUCUGCAAUGACCAGUUGAUAGGUGUGGCCUUCUCCCAGAGCAACGUCUCCUCCUACGUGGUGGAUCUGACACGUGUCACCAGGACUGGCACGGUGGCCCGGGACCCUGUGCAGGACCACCGGCCCCUGGCACAGCCACCACCCAACCCCAGUGCCCCGUUCCGGCGCAUCUACGAGCGGCCCAGCACAACCUGCAGCAAGCCUCAGAGGGUGAAGCAGAACUCAGAGAGCGAGCGCCGCAGCCCCAGCAGCGAGGAUGACCGGGACGAGCGCGAGUCCCGCGCGGAGAUCCAGAACGCCGAGGACUACAACGAGAUCUUUCAGCCCAAGAACAGCAUCAGUCGGACACCACCCCGGAGAAGUGAGCCCUUCCCUGCACCCCCAGAGGACGAUGCAGCCACAGCAAAGGAGGCAGCAAAGCCCAGCUCUGCCAUGGAUGUGCAGUUCCCAGUGCCAAACCUGGAGGUCCUGCCCCGGCCCCCGGUGGUUGCUUCCACACCUGCACCCAAGGCUGAGCCUGCCAUCAUCCCUGCCACCCGGAAUGAGCCCAUCGGGCUGAAGGCCUCCGACUUCCUGCCCGCCGUGAAGAUCCCCCAGCAGGCUGAGCUGGUGGACGAGGAUGCCAUGUCACAGAUCCGCAAAGGCCACGACACCAUGUGUGUGGUGCUCACCAGCCGCCACAAGAACCUGGACACCGUGCGGGCUGUGUGGACCACGGGCGACAUCAAGACGUCGGUGGACUCCGCUGUGGCCAUCAACGACCUGUCGGUGGUGGUGGACCUCCUGAACAUCGUCAACCAGAAAGCCUCCCUGUGGAAGCUGGACCUGUGCACCACGGUCCUGCCACAGAUCGAGAAACUUCUGCAGAGCAAGUAUGAGAGCUACGUCCAGACUGGCUGCACCUCCCUGAAGCUGAUCCUGCAGCGGUUUCUGCCCCUCAUCACGGACAUGCUGGCAGCCCCGCCCUCCGUGGGUGUGGAUAUCAGUAGGGAGGAGAGGCUGCACAAGUGCCGGCUCUGCUACAAGCAGCUCAAGAGCAUCAGCGGCCUGGUCAAGAGCAAGUCGGGCCUGAGCGGCCGCCACGGCAGUACCUUCCGCGAGCUGCACCUGCUCAUGGCCAGUCUGGACUGAGGAACGCAGUGGGCAGGGGCGCUUGGCUGCCCUCAGGGCCUGGCCUCAGCCCCCACUCCUGUUCCUUUUGUGCCUAGUGGCCCAUGAGCCUCUGCCUGGCCCCUGCCGCUGUCCUGUGGCCGUCCUGGAGGAGGUAACGCUGGUCCCUGGCCACCUCUACAGCCCUGAACUCUGAGACAACUCUCUCCAGCAAUAGCUGCCCAGCUUUGCCCAACUGUUGCUUCUUGGGGCAGCGAACUGAGCCCUGGGGCUGCUGCUGUAAUUUAUAAGGCAAAUUUUAUUAAAUUUGUAACUAUUCCCAG